AUGCUCACAUCACGCAUCGUGCCCAGCCUCUCGGCAUGCGUUAGGGACGACGUAUAUCUGGGGAGAGGUAAUCGUUCGCGGCAACACGGACUGCGUCAGUCGUCGUACGAAGGAGGCAGCUCGGGAUGCCCUCGAAGGCCUCCUGGCAGAACUUGUCGUGCAGUUCGUGCCAACUCUUCCUCCGAAUUGGAGGAUGGUCAAAUUGAAGGGAUUGAGGGAUACGGAGCAAUAUCGACUAAACCGGCAACUCCGUUACUCGACACCGUGAACUUUCCAGUGCACCUGAAAAACCUCGCUGUUGAUCAGCUUCAACAGGUUGCAAAAGAGCUUCGCGCAGAUUUGAUCUACAACGUGUCUCAGACCGGUGGACAUCUUGGAUCAAGUUUGGGCGUCAUCGAGCUCACCGUUGCAUUGAACUACGUCUUCGACCAGCCUAAUGAUCGGAUCAUCUGGGACGUCGGACACCAGGCUUAUCCACACAAAAUGUUGACCGGUCGGCGGGACAGGAUGAGCACCAUGCGACAAACAAACGGUUUAUCGCCAUUUACAAAGCGCAGCGAGAGCCCGUUUGACUGCUUUGGAGCUGGUCACAGCAGCACUUCGAUUUCCGCUGGACUUGGUAUGGCGGUUGCUCGAGAUAUGCAGGGUAGAUCAAAUCACGUAAUUGCCGUUAUUGGCGAUGGUGCCAUUACCGGUGGGAUGGCAUACGAGGCGAUGAACAAUGCAGGAUAUUUGGACACGAAUAUGAUAAUAAUUUUGAAUGACAAUCAACAGGUUUCCCUGCCAACGCAGUACAAUAGUUUGAAUCAGGAUCCCGUGGGUGCACUGUCAUCUACUUUUGCCCGGCUACAGUCCUCUAAGCCACUUCGCGAGCUGCGUGAAUCUGCAAAAGCUAUCACGAAACAAAUGCCGGUUCCUGUACAAGAAGUGACGGCAAAGGUCGAUGAGUAUGCUCGUGGCAUGAUAAGUGGAUCUGGAUCAACGCUAUUCGAAGAGUUGGGUCUAUACUACAUUGGAACAGUUGACGGGCAUAAUCUUCAAGACCUCGUGGCCAUUUUAGAAGAAGUGAAGUCGACGCGAAGCGUGGGCCCGGUCCUCAUACAUAUUGUCACAGAGAAGGGUAGAGGGUACUCAUACGCAGAGGCUGCUCAAGAUAAGUACCAUGGAGUAUCUACAUUUGAUGUGGCUUCAGGAAAACAGAAGAAAUCUGCGAGCGGCAUUCCGACAUACACACAAUUUUUUGCCGAUGCUCUCGUAGGUGAAGCUGGUCUUGAUGAGAACGUCGUGGCUGUCCAUGCCGCCAUGGGUGGGGGAACAGGUCUCAAUCACUUUGAAAAGUUUUUUGCAGACCGCACAUUUGAUGUUGGCAUUGCGGAGCAGCACGCCGUAACUUUCUCUGCAGGGCUCGCAGUCGAAGGGCUAAAGCCGGUUUGUGCAGUCUAUUCAACGUUUUUGCAAAGAGGGUUUGAUCAGGUCGUACACGAUGUUGCUUUGCAAAAGUUACCUGUGCGUUUUGCCAUGGAUCGUGCUGGUCUUGUCGGUGAGGAUGGGCCCACUCACGCCGGUGCGUAUGAUGUAACAUUCAUGGCAUGUCUGCCUGAUAUGGUUGUGAUGGCUCCAAUGAAUGAAGCAGAGCUCUGCCACAUGGUUGCGACCUCAAUUUCUGUUGAUGAUCGACCUUCAUGCUUUAGGUAUCCACGCGGCACAGGCGUAGGCCUCGACUUGAUCGGAGAGGGGGUUGAAAUGUUACGGCCAGGAUACAAAGGUGGCAUACUGGAAAUUGGAAAGGGAAGGAUCAUACGGGAAGGAAUAGACGUCUGCUUGCUCGGCUACGGGACCUGCACCAAUCGUUGCAUAGAAGCCGCGGAGGUACUUCGAGAAUUUGGUAUUAGUGUCACUGUGGCCGAUGCUCGCUUUUGCAAGCCAUUGGACACUAAAAUGAUCCGCCAGCUUGCAAAAAGUCACGCUGCCAUUAUCACAGUUGAGGAUGGAUCUAUCGGGGGUUUCGCUUCUCAUGUUCUACAGUUUCUUGCGCUGGAUGGUCUUCUAGAUGGCAAUCUCAAGGUCAGACCCUUGACAUUACCCGAUCGCCCGAUCGAACAUGGGUCACUAAGUGACCAGCUCCAAGACGCUGGUCUUUCCUCGUCGCACAUCGCAUCAACCGCACUUUCCGUCCUUGGACAAAAGCAGCAAGCCUUGGAGGUGCUGUCCCAAUGA